AUGUUAAAACCACAGCAAUUCGUGAAAUUCCUGUGCUUGGUAUCUGUCUCCUUUGCUUCUGCUGGUUAUCAUCCAUCUUUACAUUGGGACCCGCGGAAUCCACUGUGAGUAUUGAUUACAAAAAAGAUCUAUUGUUAUCUCCACGCGUACAUGUUACUGAGGAAGCCAACUCUUAUUACGUAACUGAAAGUUCGUUUGAAGAAUCUUUCAGAAAUAUUAAAUUUCUUCUUUAUGGUAUAUCGAGGCAAGCUGUUGAAAGCCAUUAGUUAUGGUAACUAAACAUACUGGAAGGAAAGUGCCAGUUUUUUUUUCACUUAAUUAACUGUAAUGCAUUGUUCCAACUUCUCUCUUUCCACCAUAAAUUGUGCUUUUGUUCACUGUUAUGGUUUGGCACUAUAAUUUGUUUUAAAUUGACUUGUGUGAUUGAAAAUAUGAUCGCCUUGAGAGCUUUCCCGAACAUCCACUACCUGUUUUGGUUGCAUGCAUGCUUACCGCUUUUUUACAUUAUGCACUUACGCUGGUUCGAUUACUUUUCUAGCUAAUAGUGGCAUUACGAUUGUUGCUUAUUUAUUGACACUUAUUUUGCAAGGUACAUGCAUGUUUUUAAAUCGAUCUUAUUUAUCAACCUGUCUUUUGACUGAUUAUUUGCCUUCUUUUUAUAUAUUUGUAUACGUACUUAAUUACUUUACAGAUUUAAACAAAACGUGGAGAUUAACGUUCUUCAAAAUUCUAAACUCAACGUGUUGUGUCCAAACCCGGGAAGCGUCCUGCAGGAUCAAGAAUCCGGUAUCCCACAAGAACUCAUGUACGAAAACAUGUGGAUUGUCACUAAAGAAGACUAUGAUAUGUGCAAAGUAAACAUAUCAGCUGGCAGAAGGAUCUUAAGUUGUGAUAGCCCUUUGAGGUUGAAAUAUUACCCAAUGGUCUUUAGAGCAUACAGUCCUCCACGCCUAGAUGAGUCAGUGGAUAUCCGUUUAGAGUUUGCACCGGGAACAAAAUAUUACUUUAUAGGUAAGGCCUUGAGUAGAUUAUCCAUGGACUUUGUCUAGCCUACUUAUCGUCCCUCUUACAACAAUACCAUCCGCAACGAAGCCUACGCUCAUCCUCUAAACUACUUUAUACUGUCCCUACUGUGAACUCUGUGACAUACGGUGAACGUGCCUUUUCUUUCUUCGCACCUAUAUUAUGGUCUACCGGAUUCUUUUAAAAAUACAACAUCUCUUUUAUCUUUUAAAUCUGCCGUCAAAACAUUCUUGUUUCGGAAAUUUUAUUUUUGAUUUAUUUUGCGAGGAACUGUACCUAGCUUUCAUGUCACCUGGUUCUUAAUUAGUUAUUUUAUUUAUUACUGCUGUAAGAAACAUUUUGUAAGUUUUUGACGAAUUGUGUUUUCUAUACAGUAAUCUAAUCACAUUGAGUUUUCUAAAUGCGCCCAAAAAUCUUUAUUAUUAUAAUUAUUAUUAUUUUUAUUAGUCACUUCAACACAUUAUGGUUUCUAUCCUUUUCUGCUAAUGCUCUACGUAAGGAAAACUUCCUCAAGUCAUACUGUAUUGAAAUUAUCUAAUAUUCAUCUAAUACUGAUCUAAUAUUUAUCCUUUUAAUUCCUCAGCAACUUCAAACGGCAUGAAAAAUUCACUGUCAAAUUACGAUGGAGGACAUUGUUUGACGUCUAAUAUGAAGAUGGUGAUUCAUGUCUGUAAUGGAAGCUCUGGUGAGAGACGUAUUAAAUUGUUAUACUCGUUUUUCUCCUUAGGAGGAGUAGGUUAUGGUGCCUUCCUUCCCCUCCUUCCUCAUGAUAGUCGUAAUUGUAAAAACACUUGUUUUUGUUUUGUUUCCCAUAGAUCCCAAGUGCAUCGACGCUCCUAAAAUUUCUCCUUCUAGUUCAGUCUCUUCGUGUGCUCCUGUCACAGAGAGAGUGCAUCAUUCUUCAACACCAAGUCUGAGCAGUAGAGGAUCUUCUUCUGUUCUGGUUCAUCAGUCUAGUCCAACUCAAUAUUUCUCAACAACGACUUUCGCUGGUCUGACAAGUACUACGCUUGCUCUAAAAUCGUCAGCCACUGUCCAGUGUCAGGGUAUGUAUGAUCGCAUUCAUUUACCGCACGAAUCGCUCCACGUUUCGCGAACUUUUGCGGCUGACAAAACUAAAGCAAAACGCAGAAAGGCCCGAAAAGUGAAUAAAUAGUGACAUUUUUCGCUCUGGUGAAGACGAAAAUAAUCGAUAUGCUUAGAAGUUUCGUUCCAGGCCUUCUUGUGACUAGGGUUCAAAACAUUGCACGUUAGCCACUUAACUACCCUUUCUCUUCUCUAUAAGAUAAAUUUGAAAAAGGCGGAUACUUUACCAAUCAUUCUUUUUCUUUUAUUCAACAGAAUUUAAAGCUUCCAGCUCAGAAGGAUUCCUCUCUUUAUUGACAAACCAAUCUCGCCAGUUAGCAGAAAUCUGUAACUACACUUCCAUCAUACCAGAUCUGGAGCUUAUACUGCAAGGGAUUAAUUCUUCACAAACGGUGACACAGGAAGCCCAGACUGAACAUGAAACAAAUGUAACACAGAACUGUACCAAGGAACAAAAUAGCGCUGUAGUAGCUCAAAGUGCACUCAUCGCACCAGCUUGUUCCCUUGAAAAUCGUGCCCCAGGUAAGGUGUUAAAAUUUUAAUGUUAGGGCAGUUUUCAAUUGAGGUUCGAAAGUUAUCCGUGAUUGCAUUGGUUUUACCUUAGUUCGCUCUCUGACUGGUUAAGAAAACUCGCGCCACUCUCCCAACCAAUUAAAAGCAAAACUAACAUCGAUCACGAUUUGGUCGCCAGUGUUUUCCCGCGCUUCAGGCAGUUUGGUUGUUUAUACUUCGAGUGGCUCUCAGUAGCUCUUAGAGAUGUGUCUCUUUCUUCUGAUCGGCCAUUGCGAUUUAUUUGGUUUUGGUUUUGCGACACUCAAUCGAAAAGCGCUCCAAAUGUGAAUUCUACAAUCUAAUCUGACUCACAAAGUGCGGGUUUCUAUCGAGUGCCGUCAAACCACGACCAUACAAAUAACAAACAGCCAAUCAGAGAAUAGGAUUAUGUAACAAAGAGCCAAACAGAACGCAAUGUAAAAAGAAGAAAACUGCCGGAAGCGUGGGAAAACGCGUCUUAAGUUUUCUCUCGCGACAAAACAUGUCUAAGAUAGAAUACCAAAAGCAUGGUACUUAUGCAAAGCUCUGCAAGUUCUACAGACUCUUGUUUGUUCUUAAAGUCUAUCUGAAUAGUCAAUGUCAGUUCUCGUCGACAAGCCGUUGGCAAACUUUUCCUUCCGAGCGUUGCAAAAACUAUUUUAGUAAUACGGUAGCCUCCGUUUGGGUUGAAAAUAUGCUAAUAGAUUCAUCUUGUGAAGUUGUCUAUUCCUCGAAGCCCACAUGCAGCUCUUCCCGAGCUUUAAUCUCGACAAACUGUAUUGUGUUAACGGAUAAUAUGAGCUGAUAGAUAUCUGAGCGCAUUACCCCAACUUCGGCGUGGAAUUACGCAGCGUUAAAAAUAACCUUGCAGCCUUAUUGACUACUCUAACUGCAUGCUUUUCUUCUGAAGUUCUUCCCAGCUGUGAUGCACUUUUGUUAUCUGGCUACACACUUAGUGGUAUUUACCGUAUCGAUCCCUUGGAUGGAAAUGGAGGAUUUGGAGUGAACUGCGACAACGAGAACGGCGGAGGAGGUUGGUCGGUAAUUCUAAGACGAUAUGAUGGUUCCUUAGAUUUCGAUCGCGGGUGGUCUGCCUACGUGGAAGGCUUAGGCGAUCUAACAGGAGAGUUUUGGUUAGGCUUGGAGAAAAUGUACAGACUCACCGGUGGCUCGUACUUCAACUUGAGAUUCGAUCUCGAAUCCUCGAAUGGAAUCAAGAAGUACUCAGAGUACGAAGGAUGUCUACUGGACAAGGACCGAAAAUAUAAGAUAACUGUUGGAAGUUAUUCAGGUGAGAAAUGACACAAGGGAUGAAAUUUAUGGCGGCUGCCAAAACGCGAGAAAUACGAGAUAUUUAAACUGAGGCUAAGCUUUUAACUUUUUUGACACCAUCAUUGUUGUGUUCAGCAUACAUCUAGCAGAUUUUUUUCUUUAUAGUAGAGAGUUUCUGGCAUCAAUUUAGUCAUGGUUUUCUAACAUUUGACUGCAAAGAAUCUCGUUUGAAAAUAUUCAUUUCUCAUUGCCCGACCGAACCUUGUUUUUUUUUUUCUUUUUUGUUUAUAAAAAGUUAAAAAAAGGGAAGACAAGCGUGAUUCACUACCUAGAGUAUAAUUAAACCUGGAUGUUUACAGAAAAAACCUUAAUGUAGACCUGGGAUGUAAGAAGACUCCUGCAGGAGGUCAAAAGUGACAUGCAAAUUGCUAAGGAAAAAUUGAUCAAAGAAGUCGGCUUAGAAAAAUUUUUUACCCAAACAAAAUGGAUCAAUAUCAGUAUCUGGGCAACUGCCCACCUACCCCUCUCCUAACCCAACAUUAACCUUAACUUGUUGUCAAUUGACUGUUGUUGAGUCAGGGGAGGGGUAGGUGGGCAGUUGCUCAGAUACUAAUAUUGAUCCAAGCAAACUACCCCAUCCCCACCCCCACCUCCUUGGUUGAUUUUCUUUUUCAUCUUUUUUUCCACCUUUUGAACGACUGACCCAGCUACAUCCACGAAAGGGAAAGCGACGGAGUCGUAACAAUUUAUGGGAAUGGCCACAAUAGAUUUGCUUUUUCCUUUUGCAGGCGAUGCAGGAGACUCGUUUUCGUAUCACAGUGGGAUGAAAUUCUCCACUAAAAAUAAAGACUAUGAUCAGUCCACCUUGAAGUGUGCUCAAGUUGCAGGUGGCGGAUGGUGGUUUAAUGAUUGUCAACGCGCAUGCCUCACAGGAAGUUACGAGAAUGGCACGCACAGUUCUCAAGGAAUUGUGGGCAUUCAAUGGCAGGCGUGGACUGGGGUUAACCAUUCUUUGUCCAAAGUUGAGAUGAAAAUAAAACCAGCUUAACUAGUGACUACAGUCGACUUGAAGACCAAAAUGAAAGGAGCAAUUUUCUGUCUCAGAGAGGAGUUGCGGCUCGCACGCUUCCCGCUGACUUUUAGACUCAGUAUGGAAAGAUGACCAUGAGAGCGCUCUUCGCUUCAGCGUCGGAAAUUGAAAACCAAAGUUGUCGUAAUAGUCAAUCAGAAGAUUGGCCAAUGAGAGCCAAUGAGAACUCAACAUCCAACCAAACUGCCUAAAACGCGGGAAAACGUUUAAAUUUUGCCUCUGAUUGGUUAAGAAUAUGUCGUGAGUUUCCUGAGAUUACUUUGGACAUUCAACCAAAAUUGCUCCCACUCCAUCAAGGAAUAAGAGAUUGACUAUUCAGGGAAGGAGAAUUUACUUUAAUUUUAGGAAACCUAUUGUUGGAAAAGCAGUGUAAAGAACUCGACGAAUCAAUUUCCCUCCCACCAGCUGUUUAAAGAGAAAUAUUUGAAGGUAUUGAUUAAAAUGGAGAACUUUUCAGAAAGCUCAUUAAUGAACUCAAAAACGAAUGAAACCAUUUUGACAUUCCACGUGCGGUUAUCGCGAAUUGUAGCACACUUCUACCAAAAUAGGGUAUUGUCUGAGUGACUUACAAACAUUGAGUUGUACAAGCGUUUCUUUUAUGAACUCUGAAUUAUAGUCAAUUUUUUCGCACGUCAGCCAGGAGAACUGGAUCGAGUACAUGCAAUUGAGGUUACUCAUUCAUUGGAAGAGGUGGCGUUUUGUUCAUCUUCCACAAUCAGUGGCGAACAUAUAAUUUGUAUCCGUUACUUUUAACGAACACAACUCGAACUUCCUACUUUUCAUUAGUUAACAUGUGACGAGCAUAACAUCAAACUUGUUCCUGAUCACUUAUCAAAUCAAACUUUGUCUCAUUGGUAAUAUUGCUAGAAAAUAAAUGAUUCCACUGGUCAUGUUUUCAUGGUUGAGCACUAGGCCUCGUUUUGAAAAAGAGGCCAAAGGUAAACAGGCCGGGAGAAGAACAAUCAAGAGUUUGCAAUUAUAUAUUUCUAAUGAGGUGGUAAACCGUUUGUGCAUGACGCCAGUUUUAUGCAUGAGAUUAAAAUGAUGGACGAUGUUCAGAGGUUGUCACGACAAACACAAAGACCUUUUAAGUUUGUCAGGGCAUGUAGGCGCCAUGCUGGAUUAGAACCUACCUCUGAGUUCUCCAGAAUAAUGAAAUUGGAUCUUGAACUUGUUUUCACUUCAUUGAAUCGUUGAAUAGAACACAAAUGUACAGAAUGAUGGAAAAGUCUCAGUUAAUUAGCACUCUCUCUUGACCAGCGCAAGAUAAUUAUAACUUCGUUUACUUGACAGAAGUUUGAGUUAACUGUCGUUUUUGAUUCCCUCUAUCGAGUGAAAAAGUAUUUAACGGAACAUGCAGUUGGAGAAGUUGAAAAUGUGGCGAAAAGUGUUCUAUCCAUGCUUAUUUUCGGGAAUGGAAUUUGAAUUUAUUUCCCAUGAGACGAAUUGAUAAAAGAAAUUAGACUGCCUAAUAACGUGACAAAAGCUGCCGAACUGGAGGCGCCAUUGUCUCAACAUUUUAUUAAAGUAUUUUUGUACAACAGUUUGUUCUUUAAUUACCUUGAUUCGUAAGCGCAGCUAAUUAAAGUUAGUUUACGUAGAGAAAAUGAUUUCUUGCAACCUUACACUUCGCUUGUUGUUGGUGUUAUAUGUAGGUUUAUGUUAUUCUACUCUCCUACCAUCGAUCUUCUGGGAUCCUCGCAAUCCAAUGUAAGUAUUUUGUUUGUAAACACCUAGAGUCGGUCGUUAAAUAUUGUAAGGAACUUGAUGUUCUCCGUCGAUAAGUUUGUUUAAGCGAUUAUUGACUGAAUUUAAUCUUGAUUCAAUACUGUACUGUCUCAUUUAUGACUAGAAUAUUGCUAAAAUUGACGAACAUGCACAAUCGGUCGAGGUAACUGUAAUAUAAAACACAAACACUUUGAUUCAUCACAUUGCCUUCUAAAACGACUCAGUGUUAUACUGAAGUAACGUGUGUAACAAUUGAAAAGUGGCAUUAAUGAUGGAGAGCGGAAUUUUCUUCUCAGUUCCCUGAAAGGAUAAGAUUAUGCAGCUGUUUUAUCGUGCAAGUAUGAUAACAUUCAAAUCAAAUAAUACCCUAUUGAUACAUGUAUGAAAAAACGAAAAAUAUUCGGUAUCGAAGACAAACUCUUAUCCUACAAGAGAACAUACCUGAUGUGUUAUUUUGCAUCCCAUAAAAGUUGACCAUUUUUUUCCCUUUUUUGCAUCGAUACUAAGGGGUCACUUUGUGUAAAAAACGUAUUGGUGUACUUGUUCUUGACACUUGAGUAACGACCUAUUUGUGACAAAGAUCCUGCUAUAAUGAAAAGUGUGAAGUAGCUGAGAGAAAGUGGCUCAAAAAUUGCUCCAUUUUUGGUAUGUGCGACAAAAGUUGCUUUUUUUUUAGCAAUUCAGACAUGAAAACGUUUGCCAAACGUUUGCCGUUGGAGUUUCUUUUCUUGGAAAUGAAUACUGCGGGUAACAGAAACGGGCUGGCAAACUUGAAAAAACUAAUGAAAUAAAGUAAAAUAAAACAGGUUUAAUGGAUGAAGAUUGCCUUUAAAUAAACAAAAACGCCUGAACUUAUGCGGCUGCUAUAGAACUGUACUGAAUGCUUUAUGGCGAAGGAAAUUGGUUGGGCACAGCCAGUAAUGAAAGUCAUGUUAGUGUAAAAGAACUUUUGAGGCUACAAAAGGCUAAGACUGGUUCCAUACAGCGUCAUGGGUGGCCAUUAUUACGGAUACGAGAAGAGUAUAAAAUGUUUUGCAAUAUCUUAAGGUUGGCAUGGCAAGGGUUUAGGGCACAAAAGCAGUGGUUUUAAUUGUGGUCAGACUGGCGACAAGACACAAAAGAAGUAUAGCGCUGAGUUGGUCCGGCUCAAAAACUCGGCUGGAGGUGGCAAUACAAAGAAACACUGCCUGCUCUAUUAAUUUGAAAUCGCUGCUGCAUGAUCAAUACUUGUUCUGGAAUGUUCUUUUUGUUUAUCUGUUGUUGUUUGUCUGUUUUUUUUGGCUUGUUUAAGUCCAGUCAGUUAGUUUUUACUUCAAUACCAGUUUUCAGUGAUCAAAAAGCACACUCGAUAAAAAACAAAAAUUACCAUAGAAAACGGAUUAGCUAUGAUCAUUCUAUUUUUUACAGUCAUUUUCCUAGACCAACGCUAAGUCAAAAGCGCUUCACACAUUGAAAUCAAAUAUUAGUUACUCAGUGCAAAGUUUUUCAUUAAUCUUUAAGGACUGAAAUAAAACUGCAUUUGCGAAUUUUAGGCGUAUCAAUACUUCACGAAUCUACAGUUUCUGAUCAUGAAAAUGCGAGCAAUCUCUCUUUGCUUGCGUAAUCCUUUUGAGGUUUUUUGCAAGUAAGUAGUCUGAGAUAUCUUUACGCUAUAUUUUCGAUCGAUGAGCGCAAAGGAUUACGCCUAGAAAGAUAACUAUACGAAGUUCAUUUUUCUCUUAAUGGAGUGAGCCCACAUGCAACCGCUUUUGUACCACGAAAUGGAGAGAGAUAUUUACAGCAUUGCGUUAACCAUAUUUUUUAGCUUUCAGAAAAACUUGACGAUGAAAGUUCCUGCCCAUUCUAAAAUGAAAAUCGUCUGCCCAAAUCCAGCGAGUGUAUUACAAGAAACGGAAUCUAGCAUACCACUGGAGCAAAUGUACUCAAAUCUAUGGAUAGUGACUAAACAAGAGUUUGACAUUUGUAAAAUAAACGCAAGUGAUCAAAGCUUUUCUAACGAGAAGAGAUUACUGAUGAGCUGUAAUAACCCUUUGCAGCUGAAGUAUUAUGAGAUGGUGUUUAGAGCUUACACCACGCCAGGCAGCAUUGCAUAUGAGCCCGGCAAUAGUUACUACUUUAUAGGUAAGACAGUCGACCACUUGUCUUCAUUGAAAGAGCUGGAUAACGAAAUAUUUAAGAAAUGUUAUGCAUUUUCCCUUUGUAAGGCCCUUUUGUGAGAGAUCAGACCAGACUGCAGAGACAGUGCGCAAGCUAGACACUGGAUGGAAAGACGUGCGUUGUAGCUCUGAUCGGAUCAAUGUGUUUCACGUUUGUGCUGGAAAGUUAAUUCUCACAAUAUCGUCCUUCACUGUCUCAUAAGUGUAAAUCAAGAUGUUGGAUUUAUUAUAGUUUUGUGAAUUUUAGUAUGCACUACGGUUGUUGCGCAAUAUUAAGGAGCUAAUGGUUCGCGCUCGUGUCCUGACCGGAUAACUAUGUUGUGUUGUGUCCUUCGAUAAGACACUCAACACUCGCACGGUGCCUCUCCAGGCGGACUCGAGUGCGUAGAAAGAGACCAGCAGAGACAAAUAGAGUGGUUCACAGUUCCUUAAUCUUUAAGUUCGUGUUAUAUCCGGGCUGUCUGAUGUUUAUACCGUUUUUCCAGCUGGGAAGUCAUCAUUUCAAAAAAAUCGACUUUAAUACGUUUUAGGUACGUCCGACGGUACCAACCACUCACUGGCCAAUCACGAAGGGGGACACUGCCUGUCGUCUAACAUGAGGAUGUCAAUCUACGUCUGUAAUGGAAGUUUAGGUACUUGAAAAACUGUUCUAAUUUAUUGUGCCUGCGCAGUAGUCAAGACUGCGUAAUUCAGGUUAAAAGAUCAAAGAUUAGUCAACAUUAGAUUGGUUAGGGCCCCAGAAAAACAUGUUGUUGGAUACAGUUAAACAUGGUUCUGAAACAUUAAACUGCGGAAAAAUAAAAAACUAUGGAUAAGCAUGUUCUCGUUCGCCGCGGGCGUGCGGAUAGCUCUGUCUCGUGAUAAAUCAGUUCGGAACUCUCCUUUCGAUAAAUCUAACAUGUUUUUUUUAUUUAAUCAAAUCUAUCAUUGUCUUUGCCAAAAAUUAACCUUAAAAUGUCCUCUCAUUGGAAGCCUUCCCAUUUCUCGUGCCAUAUUUAUGAUGAAAAAUAUGUUACUAUUUCUUAAGUGUUAUUCCAUUAUUUUUAUUUUUUCAGAUCCAACUUGCAAUGAAGUUCAACAGAGUUCACUUUCGCCCACGCCCUCACACUCGUCCCAGUCUUCAGUAUUCUCUGUCUCGACUCCAACAGCUCGUAUUACGACUUCCAGCGCUCUAGUUUCUAAUUCCUGGAGUUACAUGUUUCCUUCAGUUUCGGCAGUGAGUUCCGCCAGCACUACACUUGCACUUCAGUCAUCGAUUGCUGUCCAAUGUCAAGGUACGUUUGCAGAUACAUUGACUGCUGUUCGAUACCUCAUACAAGGAUGUUGAGACGAGAAUUUCCACAGGGUACCCACCAAACAUGUGCGAGUCACAGGGAUGCAAAUUUAUCUUAUUCUUUUCUUUCUCCCCUUUUGCUCCUGCAGCAACCAUUAACGAAAUGUUAAUUCGAAGUCUUCUGAACCAGUCAGAACUAUUGUACGACAUUUACAACUACACACUCAUGAUACCGGAUUUAAGUCUCAUGCUACAGCAGAAACUGAACCUUUCAACAGGGCAGACGACAGAAACCGACGGAAGUUCGUUAAAGGUCAUCACGGCUAAACCAGGUAAGCUUUCAACAUGAGCCCUCGAUUUUUCUGUCAACCAAUCGCUAGCAGCUCAGGUCGGCUCAUAUAAAGCAAAUGAUAUGAUCGAAAUUAAUACCGCGCAGACCUGGGUACGAGGUGAGCUUGUGUCAGCCCAGGUUAUACGCAGAAGUCACCAGCCCCUGAGUACUGAUUUUUCGUUUUCAUAAAGUAUUAGUUGUAACGUGUGUUUUUUCAAUUGUCCCUUAAGCUCAGCGACAUUGUAAAAAUUGGCUGAAAAAGAACUACACAGAAAGCGGAAGCUACCGUCUGUUGAUAAAUUGGAAGACUUGGCAAACAAAUGAUCGUUUUCGAGUUUACUGUGACCAAGAAACUGCUGGCGGUGGUUGGACCCUUUGGAUGCGGCGCUUUGACGGAUACAUCGGUUUCAACAGAGACUGGGAUUCUUAUGAGGAAGGAUUUGGAGAUACCUCCGGCGAAUUUUGGCUGGGUUUAAGAUCUAUGGAGAAAAUUCAUGCUGACAGUAAGUUCUCCAUAAGGCUAGACAUGGAAACCUCUGACGGCAGCAAGGACUACGCUGAAUACACGAAUUGUGAAUUGGGAGACUGGCAAACUAUGUACACGCUAACAGUGGGAUCGUUUGUGGGUAAGUGGAGGUCUCAUUUAACGGGAAAAAAAUAUCCUUACGGACCAGUCAAUAUUUACCGACUGGACGGGGAGAGGUUCGAAAGAUUUAGGGGGGAUCCCAGGGUUUCCAGACAGAGCGGAGGGGUAAUUAGACGUCACCAAAGGAGUAUAAAAAAGGGGAACUAUAGGAAAUUGAUUGCCAAUUGAUAGGGGAUGAGGGAGGGGGGGGAGGGGAGAGGGGGGUCAAAAGAAAACUCCAGAGCCUCAUGGAGUAACGUAAAAACGAACGGUUUCGUCUCCAGGCCUCUUCAGUAGCUCGCUCUUCCCCGACGAUGGAGCAGAAGAGCUUGAUUACUCUUUCUCCAAGGGGGCAAGGCAACGUAUCCUGCAAUCCGAUAUGGCUCUCAGGGUGGGCGAGAUGCUUUGCCGAAUCAUCUUGAUGAUGCAGUUUCAAAAAUUAACGGAUAGUAUUUAUCAAUCUUUUCCUUCUUCUACACUUCCGUCAACGAUUAAUCUACGCAGAUUUAUCUUUAUUACCGCUAAAUUCACGGCAAGAGCACUUCAGCCCCGAUAUUAAAUCAUUAAUCUAGAAGGGUUACUGAUGUUUUAUCGCUGCAUUUUAGGUGGCGGUGCGGGUGACUCUCUUUCAUUCCAGAAUGGUACGAAGUUCUCGACUUUUGACAAAAAUAAUAUGCAGAAUACCAGCACAAACUGUGCACAGGACACCAAAGGUGGAUGGUGGUUCAAUGACUGUCAGCGAAAGGCUUGCUUAACAGGAAAAUACAAAAACGGCAUUCGGUGGGAUUCUUGGAAAGGAUCCAAUGAAACUCUCUCCAAAAUAGAGAUGAAAGUACGCCCAGUUUGA